GAGGCUGCAGUUUCGAUCGGACAAAAAACAAAAAGCAGUCGAGACCAGCAGCAUGAGGCUCACGCUUGCCUGGCUGUGUGUCUGCCUGGCGAUUUAUUGCGGCGGCGGCUUUAGCAGCAGCAACGUGGUUUUAUCUUUGCCACCAUCGCUUAUCGCUGCCACAGAGGCAGCAACAGCGGCCUUGAGGCAGCAGCAGUCGCAUUGGCCAAAGGAUGCACGCGUCCUGCUUGACAGCGGCAACGUCGAUGCACUGCGCGAUAUGCUGGGGCACAGCAAGGAGUCCGCAGCAGCGCACAAACGAAGUUUGAACUACAACUACGCUGCAGCGGAUCGUGUGGAAGCGGAGCAGUUGCCAACAAUGCCGACGGAUUUUAAUCGAAAAGCGCUAAGCAGCAGCAGCAGCAGCGAGGCUUAUGAUUUAGAGUUGCCACAGCAACAGCAACAACGACAGCAAUCAGUGCCGCAGGAAAUUGCAGGCGGCUAUGCUGCUGCUGCCACGCCCACGCCACACAAAUAUUGGGGCAAAAGUCGCUGCCACAACGGCAACUGUCCCUGGGACUACAAUCGAGCCAUGCUGGCGGUCAGAAUCAAAGAAGCGGUGACGCGACUGCAUAAGCAGCUGGCAGCAGCGCAGGAUCGUUUGGAUGCCACAAAUGAAGAUGCUGAGGAGCUGUUCGAAGCUGAUGAAGAGGAUUUGCCGCUGCGUCAUAAUAAUCAUGAGAUAUUCAUGCUGCUAACUGGUGAACAGGAUAUAGUGCGCUUUCUACACUGGGCCAUGAAGCAAAUGUAUUCGUAUAAGCCAAGUGGCUUUGGUUUAAAUCCGCACUCGGCGGACUUUUAUCAUCCUGGGAUGUUUAUGUGGAAGAAACUGAAUUUGUCGGGACACUUGGAACCGCCGCUGAUUGUAGAUGAGCCGCAGUAUAUACUAGUCCGACGCGAGCAACAGAAUCGUGCUAAUAUAUAUCAGCUGGGCGCUGAAAGCGAUCCCUUUAUACCGCCACGUGGUCGCAAGCAUAAUGCACCUGAUUUGGAGUCGCUGCUGCAGCGCUAUGAAACUUUUGUGCCCAAUCGCGGCAAGAAGGACAAAGUCAAAGAUCUGUUUAAAUAUGACGAUCUGUUUUAUCCGAAUCGUGGCAAAAAACAGCAGCGCAAUCUGCUGCAACUGGACGAUCCGUUCUAUGCGCAUCGUGGCAAAAAAGUAAAGCUAAGCGAUCUAUACAACAACGACGAUCCAUUCUUUCCCAAUCGCGGCAAGCGGCAGCAGCAAAGCGGCUUUGAGUUGUACAAUGAUCCAGGCGACAACUGGCCGCAAAGAAUGUCAACGCAUGAAAUUAAUGGUAACGAUCAAUCAGUCAAGUCGUCAAUGUACAUGCAGCAGCAGCAGCAGCAGCAACUGUUGCGGCCUGCUAAUAGAUUACACUCGACAAGAUCAAUGUCAGCAAAUUUACAGCAGCAACCAUUGGAGUCGCAGCAGCAACAGCAACAUUGGGGUUUGAUUGUUAAGCCAGGCAUGCGCCGCCAGCAGCAGCAGCAGCAGCAGCAGGUGAAAACAUCCUGGCCACGUAGUGCGCUGCAUGCCCCAUUGGAGACACAAUUAACGCGGGGGCAGCAGCAGCUGCGAGCUGAGCCUGACCAUGACACUGACAUUGACAUUGAUUAUGGCCAAUUGGACAUUUAAAUGCAGCACGUUUUGUA